AUGUGGGCUCUUUUUAUUUUAUCAUCUAUUGGAAAUUUAUAUAGUAUUGGAUAUAAUGGAGAUGGAGCUGCUGCAAGAGGUAUGAAAAAUGUUCAAGAUGUUGAAUUGGGUGAAUGUGAAAUCAAGUUGAAAGGUAAAAAAUGUCAAAAGCCAAAAUUUAUUAAGGUUCUUGGAUAUAAAAAUAAGGUAGCUGCACUUACUGAUAAUGGAAGAAUUUUUUUAUGUGGAGAAGAUGUUUUACCAUUUAUGGGUGAGAAAUCACGUCGUAAUGUUUACGCGUUUAAAGAAUUGGAAUUACCUUACUAUUUUACUGAUAUGGAUUUUGAUACUACUAAUGGUAUAACUGGAUUUAUUAGUGAUGAUAAUUGUGGAAUAAUAAUUGAAAGAGGAGGAAAUGUCAGGAAAAUAUUUGAAAAAGAUAUUCAAUUGAAGAAUUAUUCAAGAGAUGAUAGUGAAGAUGAGGAGGAUGAUGAAAAAGAUAUUGGAAACCAGGCAGAAGAAAAGAAACUAAUCAAAUAUUUACGUCAUGCUGACUGUGAUAUUUUAAUAUAUGAUAAUUAUUCUAUUGAUAUCAAAUAUAGAGGUGUAUAUUAUUCAUACAAAUUGUCAAGUCCUAUUUGUUAUCCUAAUAAUGGAUGUAUUUAUGAAUUGGCAUGUGACAGAUUGAAUGAACUACGUGAUUUCAGUAGAGAUGGACCUAAUCUACUUUAUUCUAUUUGUCCUGACACUUGGUUGACAUCUGCUGUUUCAAUUGUAUUUUUAUUGGUAUAUAUAAUAGUAUUAAUUGUGAGUGGAAUUGGAUUAUAUUUGAGAAGAAAUUCUCCACAUAUAAAGGCUAGAAAUAUAACUUACUUGUUCAUGACCAUUCUGUCAAAUUCUGGAUUUAUUAUUUUGACAUGUUUAAGGUUUAUUAUAGGAAGACGUAUUUAUCCUUGUAGUAUUUAUAUUUUAUCGUUUUUUAUUGUUCCACCUGGAAUAUUACUUCCAAGUGUGUUUAGAUUGUGGAGAUUGUUUUUUAUGCACAAGUUGAAUUUACAAAAAACUAAAAUGGAUUCGAAUAGAAAGGAAACUAAUCAUGAAAAUUUGAAAUCUUCAAUGAAAGUAGUUCCAAAUAAUUCAAAUAUGAAUUCUCCAAAAAGUCAAUUGUCAAAUGUUGAAAGCAUUUUCAAUAAUAAUCAAGAUUCGAAUGAUGCCACUUCAUCUGAUGGUGAUAAUUAUUCAUAUUGGAUUGAAAAUGAAUUGGAAAUGAAAAAGAAUGUCAAAAUUCAAAAGAUUUUCAACAUUUUACUGAGUCAGAAAUUUGUAAUUGCCACCUAUCUCACUUCAUUCAUUAUUCACAUUUUACUAUUCAUAUUUUUUGGAGCUGUUGAGGAGGGAAUUUACAAUCAAGAUCCAAUCAAAUCAAAUAAUCAAAGAAUUUUCAUGGGAGAUGGUGGUUUCUUUGUAUCCUCGAGAGGAUGUGUCAUUACCAAUGCCAUUACAAUUAUUGUAGCCAUUGAAUCAUUGUUUUAUAUUGUGGUGGAGAUUGUCUUUUUAGUGUUGUGUUUUAUCAUUCCUAGAGAUACGUGGUUUAUUAAGAGAGAGACAUUAUUAUUGACAUUAUUGCAAUUCUUUUCAAUUAUUUUAUUUGCCAUUUGUGGAUUUUUGGUACAGGUGACCAAGUUGACUGAUUUUUUUGUUCCAUUUGGGUUUACCUUAAUGGUUUAUUCAUUUACUGAGGUUGUGAUAUGUGUCUUGUUGCCAAUAUUAUAUUCUAUAGUAUUAUUGAAUCGCACGAAAAAGGAAAGAGUGGAAGAGUCUGAACUGGAACACUUUUUAAAAAGUAAGAAAACUUUUAAUAUUUUAUUGGAUUUUGCAAGAAGAAGUUACUGUCCUGAAUCUGUGUUAUGUUAUCAAGAUAUUGAAAGAUUUAAAUUGACAAGUAAGAAAAAUAGAAAGCAAGCUGCACUUCACAUUACUAAAACUUAUCUGAAACCAAAUUCACCUCUCGAAUUGAACUUUCCAAAACUUUCUCAAAUGUUUGAACAAAUAUCCAAAGCAAUUGAAACUACACCACUAUUGGAAACAAACUUUUUUGAUAAUAUUCAAUGGCAUUGUAUUGAGGAUAUGACAGAUGUAUUCGAAAGGUUGAAGAGUCAAAAUAAGGAAGUAAGAAAUAUUCUAAAGCAAUGGAAAGUUGCAUCCCUUAAUGAUUUAACCACUUCUCAACAAGUUACUCUUCAUAACAUUACAAGCAAUGAUACUAAUAAUAAUAAUAAUCAGGAAGAAUUGAAAGAUAUCAAAUUGGAAUCUAAUCACAAUUCGCCCAUUCAACAAGUUGAUGAGCAACAAUUAACUAAUUCUAUAGAGAAAUCAAAUGAAAAUAUUGAAGAAUCCAAAGAAAAGACUCAAAUUGAUAAUUUAGAUUAUUUGUGA